GCGAGUUAUAGUUCCGCUCUUUUGGCUCUCUGAGCAGCACCAUGGCGGUGGGCAAGAACAAGCGCCUUAGGAAAGGCGGCAAAAAGGGAGCCAAGAAGAAAGUGGUUGACCCAUUUUCUAAAAACGACUGGUAUGACGUGAAGGCACCGGCUAUGUUCAACAUAAGAAAUAUUGGAAAAACACUAGUCACCAGAACUCAAGGAACCAAAAUUGCAUCUGAUGGGCUCAAGGGUCAUGUGUUUGAAGUGAGCCUUGCUGAUCCGUAGAACGAUGAAGUUGCCUUUAGAAAAUUCAAGCUAAUUACGGAAGAUGUUCAGGGCAAAAACUCUAACUUCCAUGGUAUGGAUCUCACCCGUGACAAAAUGUGUUCCACGGUCAAGAAAUGGCAGACCAUGAUCGAAGCUCAUGUUGAUGUCAAGACUACCGAUGGUUAUUUGCUUCGUUUGUUUUGUGUUGGUUUUACUAAAAAAAGGAACAAUCAGAUACGGAAGACCUCUUAUGCUCAGCACCAACAGGUCCGCCAAAUCCGGAAGAAGAUGAUGGAACUCAUGACCCGAGAGGUGCAGACAAAUGACCUGAAGGAAGUGGUAAAUAAGUUGAUUCCAGACAGCAUUGGGAAAGACAUAGAAAAAGCUUGCCAGUCUAUUUAUCCUCUUCAUGAUGUCUUUGUCAGAAAAGUGAAAAUGCUGAAGAAGCCCAAGUUUGAAUUGGGAAAACUCAUGGAGCUUCAUGGUGAAGGUAGUAGCUCUGGAAAAGCUACUGGAGAUGAGACUGGAGCUAAAGUUGAACGAGCUGAUGGAUAUGAACCACCAGUCCAAGAGUCUGUUUAAAAUCCAGAUUUUUAAUAGUGAUAAAUAAAAUCC